CUCCGGGAGCCAUGGGCCUUGUUGCUGCAGGAAGAGCUGCAGCCUCUCAGGGUUGGCCUUGACUCCAUUCUUCUAAGGAACACACACUAACUCAAAAGAAAAAUGGCAUUUGUUGCAUCACCCGGGCCCACAGUGAUUGACCAAACCACUUUGAUGAAAAAAUACCUUCAGUUUGUGGCUGCUCUUACAGAUGUAAAUACACCGGAUGAAACAAAACUGAAAAUGAUGCAAGAAGUUAGUGAAAAUUUUGAGAAUGUAACAUCAUCCCCUCAGUAUUCUACAUUCCUAGAGCAUAUCAUCCCUCGAUUUCUCACAUUUCUACAAGAUGGAGAAGUUCAGUUUCUGCAAGAGAAACCAGCACAGCAAUUGCGGAAACUGGUUCUUGAAAUAAUUCAUAGAAUACCAACAAAUGAACAUCUUCGUCCUCAUACCAAAAAUGUUUUGUCUGUGAUGUUUCGAUUCCUGGAGACUGAAAAUGAAGAAAAUGUGCUUAUUUGUCUAAGGAUAAUUAUUGAACUGCACAAACAAUUCCGUCCAACAAUCACACAAGAAAUUCAUCAUUUUUUGGAUUUUGUGAAACAGAUAUACAAGGAGCUUCCAAAAGUAGUGAAUCGUUAUUUUGAGAAUCCUCAAGUGAUCCCAGAUAACACAGUUCCUUCCCCAGAAAUGGUUGGUAUGAUCACAACACUUGCUGUGAAAGUAAAUCCUGAACGUGAUGACAGUGAGACAAGAACACAUUCUAUAAUUCCUAGAGGGUCUCUUUCCUUGAAAGUAUUGGCUGAGUUGCCCAUAAUUGUUGUUUUAAUGUAUCAGCUCUACAAGCUGAAUAUUCACAAUGUGGUUGCUGAAUUUGUGCCAUUGAUAAUGAAUACUAUUAUAAUUCAGGUAUCUGCCCAAGCCAGGCAACAUAAACUAUACAAUAAGGAAUUGUAUGCUGAUUUCAUUGCUGCUCAGAUUAAAACUUUGUCAUUUUUAGCUUAUAUUAUAAGAAUUUACCAGGAUUUGGUGGCAAAAUAUUCUCAGCAAAUGGUAAAAGGAAUGUUACAGUUAUUAUCAAAUUGUCCAGCAGAAACUGCCCAUCUUAGGAAGGAACUUCUCAUUGCUGCCAAACACAUUCUUACUACAGAUUUAAGGAGCCAAUUCAUUCCAUGCAUGGACAAACUGUUUGAUGAAUCUAUACUCAUUGGUUCUGGAUACACUGCUCGAGAGACUCUGAGGCCGCUUGCCUACAGCACACUGGCAGACUUGGUGCAUCACGUCCGUCAGCAUUUACCUCUCAAUGACCUCUCCCUUGCAGUCCAGCUGUUUGCCAAAAACAUUGAUGAUGAGUCACUGCCUAGCAGUAUCCAGACUAUGUCUUGCAAGCUUUUGUUAAACCUGGUAGAUUGCAUCCGCUCCAAAAGUGAGCAAGAAAAUGGAAAUGGGAGAGAUAUUCUAAUGAGGAUGCUAGAGGUUUUUGUUCUGAAAUUCCACACCAUUGCUCGGUAUCAGUUGUCUGCCAUUUUUAAAAAGUGCAAACCUCAGUCAGAACUUGGAGCAGCAGAAGCAGGUUUGCCUGGGGUACCUACAGCUCCCACAGCACCCGCUCCUGCACCUUCACCAGCCCCUACCACACCAGUAGCUCCAGCACCAGUGCCUGUAUUUGAGAAACAAGGAGAAAAAGAUAAAGAAGAUAAGCAGACAUUCCAAGUUACAGAUUGUCGGAGUUUGGUAAAAACUUUGGUCUGUGGAGUCAAGACAAUUACGUGGGGAAUAACUUCAUGUAAAGCACCUGGUGAAGCUCAAUUCAUCCCCAACAAACAGUUACAACCCAAAGAGACACAGAUUUACAUAAAGCUUGUGAAAUAUGCAAUGCAGGCUUUAGAUAUUUACCAGGUCCAGAUAGCAGGAAAUGGACAGACAUACAUUCGAGUAGCAAACUGUCAGACAGUUAGAAUGAAAGAAGAGAAGGAAGUGUUGGAGCAUUUUGCAGGAGUCUUUACAAUGAUGAAUCCCUUAACAUUUAAAGAAAUCUUUCAAACUACAGUCCCUUAUAUGGUGGAAAGAAUCUCAAAAAAUUAUGCUCUUCAGAUUGUUGCCAAUUCUUUCUUGGCGAAUCCUACCACCUCUGCUCUGUUUGCAACAAUUCUUGUGGAGUAUCUCCUUGAUCGGCUGCCAGAAAUGGGCUCUAAUGUAGAACUCUCCAAUCUGUAUCUCAAGCUGUUCAAGUUGGUAUUUGGCUCAGUUUCUCUCUUUGCAGCUGAAAAUGAACAAAUGCUGAAGCCCCACUUGCACAAGAUUGUGAACAGCUCUAUGGAACUCGCGCAGACGGCCAAGGAGCCCUACAACUAUUUUCUGCUCCUUCGAGCGUUAUUUCGUUCCAUUGGCGGGGGUAGCCAUGAUCUUCUCUAUCAGGAAUUCUUACCUCUCUUACCAAACUUGUUGCAAGGACUUAAUAUGCUACAAAGUGGUCUCCACAAGCAACAUAUGAAAGAUUUAUUUGUGGAACUGUGUCUUACUGUACCAGUUCGACUGAGCUCUCUUCUACCAUACCUACCAAUGUUAAUGGAUCCCUUAGUGUCUGCUCUUAAUGGAUCCCAGACAUUGGUUAGCCAAGGCCUUCGGACUCUUGAAUUGUGUGUAGAUAAUCUCCAGCCAGACUUUCUAUAUGAUCACAUUCAGCCAGUGCGGGCUGAACUCAUGCAGGCUUUGUGGCGUACCUUAAGGAAUCCUGCAGACAGCAUUUCUCAUGUGGCCUACAGGGUACUUGGUAAAUUUGGUGGAAGUAACAGAAAAAUGUUAAAGGAAUCUCAAAAGCUUCAAUAUGUUGUAACUGAAAUUCAGGGACCUAGUAUCACAGUAGAGUUUUCAGAUUGUAAAGCAUCCAUUCAGCUUCCAAUGGAAAAGGCCAUUGAAACUGCUUUGGAUUGCCUGAAAAGUGCAAACACAGAACCAUACUAUCGGAGACAAGCAUGGGAAGUAAUAAAAUGCUUCUUGGUGGCCAUGAUGAAUUUGGAUGAUAAUAAACAUGCCUUAUAUCAGCUCCUUGCACAUCCAAACUUUACGGAGAAGUCCAUACCCAGUGUAAUUAUUUCACAUCGAUACAAAGCACAAGAUACUCCAGCCCGUAAAACUUUUGAACAAGCAUUGACUGGUGCAUUCAUGUCUGCUGUCAUCAAGGAUCUUCGACCUAGUGCUCUGCCUUUUGUAGCCAGCUUAAUUCGUCACUAUACUAUGGUGGCAGUAGCCCAACAGUGUGGUCCUUUUUUGCUGCAGUGCUAUCAGGUGGGAAGUCAACCCAGCACAGCCAUGUUUCACAGUGAAGAAAAUGGGUCAAAGGGAAUGGAUCCUUUGGUGCUUAUUGACGCAAUUGCCAUUUGUAUGGCAUAUGAGGAGAAGGAACUUUGUAAGAUAGGGGAGGUAGCUUUAGCUGUGAUAUUUGAUGUAGCAAGUAUCAUCCUGGGCUCGAAGGAAAGGGCUUGUCAGCUCCCGCUCUUUUCUUACAUUGUAGAACGUUUGUGUGCUUGCUGUUAUGAACAAGCUUGGUAUGCAAAACUAGGGGGUGUGGUGUCUAUUAAAUUCCUCAUGGAACGACUGCCUCUCAUCUGGGUCCUCCAGAAUCAGCAGACUUUCCUUAAAGCCCUUCUUUUUGUGAUGAUGGACCUGACUGGAGAGGUUUCCAAUGGAGCAGUUGCUAUGGCAAAGACAACCUUGGAGCAGCUAUUGAUAAGAUGUGCAACUCCUUUGAAAGAUGAGGAAAAAUCUGAAGAGAUUCUAUCAGCUCAGGAAAAGUCUUUCCAUCAUGUGACACAUGAUUUGGUUCGAGAAGUCACCUCUCCAAAUUCCACUGUCAGGAAACAAGCUAUGCAUUCACUUCAGGUGCUGGCUCAGGUUACUGGAAAAAGUGUGACAGUGAUUAUGGAACCUCAUAAAGAGGUCCUUCAAGACAUGGUACCGCCUAAAAAACAUUUACUUAAACAUCAACCUGCAAACGCCCAGAUUGGCCUAAUGGAGGGAAACACAUUUUGUACAACUUUACAGCCCAGACUGUUUACAAUGGAUCUUAAUGUGGUAGAACACAAGGUUUUCUAUGCAGAGCUGUUGAAUUUGUGUGAGGCCGAAGAUGUUAUCUUAAUGAAACUACCGUGUUACAAAAGUCUUCCAUCACUUGUACCUUUACGAAUUGCAGCAUUAAAUGCUCUUGCUGCCUGCAAUUACCUUCCUCAAUCCAGGGAGAAAAUCAUUGCUGCACUUUUCAAGGCACUAAACUCAACAAAUAAUGAGCUUCAGGAGGCAGGGGAGGCGUGCAUGAGAAAGUUUUUGGAAGGUGCUACAAUAGAAGUUGACCAGAUUCACACACACAUGAGGCCUUUAUUGAUGAUGCUAGGGGAUUAUCGCAGCUUGACAUUGAAUGUAGUAAAUCGUCUUACUUCUGUCACUAGGCUCUUCCCAAAUUCCUUUAAUGAUAAAUUUUGUGAUCAGAUGAUGCAACACCUACGCAAGUGGAUGGAAGUGGUCGUUAUCACUCACAAAGGUGGACAGAGGAGUGAUGGAAAUGAGAGCAUUUCAGAGUGCGGGAGAUGUUCGUUGUCUCCAUUCUGUCAGUUUGAGCCUGCCAUGGAAGGGGUAGAGGAAAUGAAGAUUUGUUCAGCAAUUAUAAACCUUUUUCAUCUGAUCCCAGCUGCUCCUCAAACUUUGGUCAAGCCUCUGUUAGAGGUUGUAAUGAAAACAGAGCGGGCUAUGUUGAUAGAGGCUGGCAGUCCAUUCAGAGAGCCCUUGAUAAAGUUUUUGACACGGCACCCUUCCCAAACAGUUGAAUUAUUCAUGAUGGAAGCUACCUUAAAUGAUCCUCAGUGGAGCAGGAUGUUUAUGAGUUUUUUAAAACAUAAAGAUGCCAAACCUCUUCGAGAUGUCCUUGCAGCCAACUCAAACCGAUUUAUUGCCUUAUUGUUACCUGGUGGUACACAAGCAGCUGUGCGCCCUGGCUCUCCUAGCACGAGCACCCUGAAACUUGAUCUUCAAUUUCAGGCAAUCAAGAUCAUAAGUAUUAUAGUUAAGAAUGAUGAAUCCUGGUUGGCAAAUCAACACUCUUUAGUGAGCCAGUUGAGACGUGUAUGGAUCAGUGAAACUUUUCAAGAAAGACACCGCAAAGAAAAUAUGGCUGCAACAAACUGGAAGGAGCCUAAACUACUGGCUUACUGUUUACUGAAUUACUGCAAAAGGAAUUAUGGAGAUAUAGAGUUGCUUUUCCAGCUGCUUCGAGCCUUUACUGGCCGUUUUCUCUGCAACAUGACGUUCUUAAAGGAAUACAUGGAAGAGGAAGUCCCUAAGAAUUACAGCAUCUCUCAAAAACGUUCCUUGUUCUUUCGCUUUGUAGAGUUGAGUGACCCAAAUUUUGGAGAUGAGCUGAAAGCCAAGAUUUUACAACAUAUCCUGAAUCCUGCUUUCUUGUACAGUUUUGAGAAAGCCGAAGGAGAACAGCUUUUAGGACCUCCUAAUCCGGAAGGAGACAAUCCAGAAAGCAUCACCAGUGUUUUUAUUACCAAGGUGCUUGACCCAGAGAAACAGACAGACAUGUUAGAUUCCCUCAGGAUUUACCUUUUACAGUUUGCCACACUUCUUGUGGAACAUGCGCCACAUCACAUCCAUGACAAUAACAAAAACCGGAAUAGCAAACUGCGGCGAUUGAUGACUUUUGCUUGGCCCUGUCUGCUGUCUAAGGCAUGUGUGGACCCAGCAUGUAAAUACAGCGGGCACUUACUCCUGGCUCACAUCAUUGCUAAAUUUGCCAUACACAAGAAAAUUGUCCUCCAGGUUUUUCAUAGUUUGCUAAAGGCUCAUGCGAUGGAGGCUCGUGCAAUUGUCAGACAAGCAAUGGCUAUUUUGACUCCAGCAGUUCCUGCUCGAAUGGAAGAUGGACACCAAAUGCUGACCCAUUGGACUAGAAAAAUCAUUGUAGAGGAAGGUCAUACAGUUCCCCAGCUAGUCCAUAUUUUGCAUUUAAUAGUCCAACAUUUUAAGGUUUAUUACCCAGUGAGGCACCAUUUGGUACAGCAUAUGGUGAGUGCCAUGCAGAGAUUAGGCUUCACUCCCAGUGUUACCAUUGAACAAAGAAAAUUGGCUGUGGAUCUGGCAGAAGUUGUCAUUAAGUGGGAAUUGCAAAGGAUUAAGGAUCAGCAGCCGGAUUCUGAUAUGGAUCCAAAUUCAAGUGGAGAAGGUGCCAGUUGUGCCUCAUCUGCUAUUAAAAGAGGACUGUCAGUUGAUUCUGGCCAAGAGGUGAAGCGAUUUAGGACUGCCACUGGAGCAAUGAGUGCAGUCUUUGGAAGGAGCCAGUCAUUACCUGGGGCUGAUGCUUUACUUGCCAAGCCUAUUGAUAAGCAACAUACUGAUACAGUGGUGAAUUUUUUGAUUAGAAUUGCUUGUCAGGUUAAUGACAACUCCAAUACUGCAGGAUCUCCUGGAGAGUUGUUAUCACGACGUUGUGUUAAUCUCCUAAAGACAGCUUUACGACCAGAUAUGUGGCCAAAAUCAGAACUCAAAUUACAAUGGUUUGAUAAGCUUCUGAUGACUGUGGAACAACCUAACCAAGCUAACUUUGCAAAUAUUUGCACUGGAUUGGAAGUCUUAAGUUUCUUGCUAACUGUUCUCCAGUCUCCAGCAAUUCUCAGUAGCUUUAAACCUUUGCAGCGCGGGAUAGCUGCUUGUAUGACCUGUGGAAACACCAAAGUUUUGCGAGCGGUUCAUAGUCUUCUUUCACGCCUAAUGAGCAUUUUCCCCACAGAACCAAGUACUUCAAAUGUAGCUUCAAAAUAUGAAGAGCUUGAAUGCUUAUAUGCAGCAGUGGGGAAAGUUAUUUAUGAAGGGCUUACUAAUUAUGAAAAGGCUACAAAUGCCAAUCCUUCCCAACUCUUUGGUACCUUGAUGAUUCUAAAGUCUGCUUGCAGUAAUAACCCUAGCUACAUAGACAGAUUGAUUUCAGUUUUCAUGCGUUCUCUACAGAAGAUGGUUAGAGAACAUUUAAAUCCACAGGCGGCAUCAGGAACUGCAGAAGCUAACACAGCAGGGACAAGUGAACUUGUUAUGUUGAGUUUGGAUCUUGUGAAAACUCGUCUUGCUGUGAUGAGCAUGGAAAUGAGGAAAAACUUUAUUCAGGCCAUUUUAACAUCACUAAUUGAAAAAUCAACUGAUGCCAAAAUUCUUCGUGCUGUGGUUAAAACUGUAGAAGAGUGGGUUAAAAAUAAUUCCCCUAUGGCAGCCAAUCAGACACCUACACUCCGUGAGAAGUCCAUUUUGUUGGUGAAAAUGAUGACUUACAUUGAAAAACGUUUUCCAGAAGAUCUUGAAUUAAAUGCCCAAUUCUUAGACCUUGUUAACUAUGUCUAUAGAGAUGAAAACCUUUCUGGAAGUGAACUCACUGCUAAACUAGAGCCUGCCUUCCUUUCUGGCUUACGUUGUGCUCAGCCACUCAUCCGAGCAAAAUUUUUUGAAGUGUUUGACAACUCCAUGAAGCGUCGUGUUUAUGAACGUUUGCUUUAUGUGACUUGUUCUCAGAACUGGGAAGCCAUGGGAAACCACUUUUGGAUCAAGCAAUGCAUUGAGCUCCUAUUGGCAGUAUGUGAGAGAAACACCACAAUUGGGACAAGUUGUCAAGGAGCUAUGCUCCCAUCUAUCACCAACGUUAUCAACCUGGCUGAUAGUCAUGAUCGGGCAGCAUUUGCCAUGGUAACACACGUCAAACAAGAACCUCGAGAAAGAGAGAACAGUGAAUCCAAAGAAGAGGAUGUGGAGAUAGAUAUUGAAUUAGCUCCUGGAGAUCAGACUAGCACACCUAAAACCAAAGAACUUUCGGAAAAAGACAUUGGUAACCAGUUGCACAUGUUAACCAACAGACAUGAUAAAUUCCUUGACUCUCUUCGGGAAGUUAAGACUGGUGCAUUGCUCAGUGCCUUUGUUCAGCUGUGUCAUAUUUCAACAACAUUAGCAGAAAAGACCUGGAUCCAGCUUUUUGCAAGAUUGUGGAAAAUUCUCUCAGAUCGACAGCAACAUGCUCUUGCAGGUGAAAUAAGUCCAUUCUUAUGCAGUGGUAGUCACCAAGUCCAAAGAGAUUGCCAGCCAAGUGCUCUAAACUGUUUUGUGGAAGCCAUGUCACAGUGUGUCCCUCCAAUUCCUAUCAGACCCUGUGUCCUGAAAUACUUGGGAAAAACCCAUAAUCUCUGGUUCCGUUCUACAUUAAUGCUGGAGCACCAGGCUUUUGAAAAAGGUCUGAGUCUUCAAAUUAAACCCAAACAGACAACUGAAUUUUACGAGCAGGAGAGUAUAACUCCACCUCAACAAGAAAUUUUGGACUCCCUUGCUGAACUUUAUUCUCUGUUACAAGAGGAAGAUAUGUGGGCAGGUUUAUGGCAAAAGCGGUGCAAAUUUCCAGAGACAGCAACAGCUAUAGCAUAUGAGCAGCAUGGAUUCUUUGAGCAGGCACAAGAAUCAUAUGAAAAAGCAAUGGAAAAGGCCAAAAAGGAACAUGAGAGGAAUAACGCAUCUCCCGCUAUCUUCCCAGAAUAUCAGCUUUGGGAAGACCACUGGAUUCGCUGCUCUAAAGAGUUGAACCAGUGGGAAGCUUUGACAGAAUAUGGCCAGUCAAAAGGGCAUAUAAAUCCUUAUCUCGUUCUGGAGUGUGCUUGGAGAGUGUCCAACUGGACUGCGAUGAAGGAAGCAUUGGUUCAGGUGGAACUUAGUUGCCCAAAAGAGAUGGCAUGGAAAGUCAAUAUGUAUCGAGGAUACUUAGCUAUUUGCCACCCUGAAGAACAGCAGCUUAACUUCAUUGAACGUCUUGUGGAGAUGGCUAGUAGUCUGGCCAUUCGAGAAUGGCGAAGACUUCCCCAUGUGGUUUCACAUGUUCACACUCCCCUUCUUCAGGCAGCUCAGCAAAUCAUUGAACUUCAGGAAGCUGCACAGAUAAAUGCUGGUUUGCAGCCAACUAACUUGGGAAGGAACAACAGCCUCCAUGAUAUGAAGACUGUAGUGAAGACCUGGAGGAAUAGGUUACCUAUUGUAUCAGAUGAUUUAUCUCACUGGAGCAGCAUUUUCAUGUGGAGACAACAUCAUUACCAGGCUAUUGUAACUGCCUAUGAAAAUAGUUCGCAGCACGACCCCAGUUCCAACAACGCUAUGCUCGGGGUUCACGCGUCAGCUUCAGCCAUCAUCCAGUAUGGAAAAAUUGCCCGGAAACAAGGGCUGGUCAAUGUGGCUCUGGACAUACUGAGCCGCAUUCACACCAUUCCUACCGUGCCCAUUGUGGACUGUUUUCAGAAGAUUCGACAGCAAGUCAAGUGCUACCUCCAGCUGGCUGGAGUCAUGGGCAAAAAUGAAUGCAUGCAGGGCCUUGAAGUCAUUGAAUCCACAAACUUGAAGUAUUUCACAAAGGAGAUGACGGCUGAAUUUUAUGCUUUAAAGGGAAUGUUCUUGGCACAGAUUAACAAGUCUGAGGAGGCAAACAAAGCUUUCUCAGCAGCUGUGCAAAUGCAUGAUGUGUUGGUGAAGGCCUGGGCAAUGUGGGGUGAUUACCUGGAGAAUAUAUUUGUGAAGGAGCGGCAGCUUCAUCUUGGUGUAUCUGCCAUCACUUGUUAUUUACAUGCAUGUCGACAUCAGAAUGAGAGCAAAUCAAGAAAAUACUUAGCCAAGGUAUUAUGGCUCUUGAGUUUUGAUGAUGACAAAAACACGUUGGCAGAUGCAGUAGAUAAAUAUUGCAUUGGAGUGCCGCCUAUCCAGUGGCUGGCCUGGAUUCCACAGCUAUUAACUUGUUUAGUUGGUUCUGAAGGCAAACUUCUUUUAAAUCUCAUAAGUCAGGUUGGAAGAGUAUAUCCUCAAGCUGUUUACUUUCCCAUAAGAACUCUAUAUUUGACAUUGAAAAUUGAGCAGCGAGAACGUUACAAAAGUGAUUCUGGGCAGCAGCAACCAAGUUCUGUAGGCAAUCAGUCCCAUUCUGCAUCAGAUCCUGGACCAAUUAGAGCCACAGCCCCAAUGUGGCGCUGCAGCAGAAUUAUGCAUAUGCAGAGGGAAUUGCAUCCAACUCUUCUAUCUUCUCUGGAAGGCAUUGUUGAUCAGAUGGUCUGGUUCAGAGAAAAUUGGCACGAAGAGGUUCUCAGACAGCUUCAGCAGGGCCUGGCAAAAUGUUACUCUGUAGCUUUUGAGAAAAACGGAACCGUUUCAGAUGCCAAAAUCACGCCACACACUCUCAAUUUUGUCAAGAAGUUGGUCAGCACAUUUGGAGUUGGCCUGGAAAAUGUGUCUAAUGUCUCUACCAUGUUUUCCAGUGCUGCCUCUGAGUCUUUGGCUAGAAGAGCACAAGCAACAGCACAGGAUCCUGUCUUUCAGAAAUUGAAAGGACAGUUCACAACAGAUUUUGACUUCAGUGUUCCAGGAUCAACAAAGCUUCACAAUCUUAUCUCUAAAUUGAAAAAAUGGAUCAAAAUACUGGAGGCUAAAACCAAGCAGCUUCCCAAGUUCUUUCUCAUAGAAGAAAAAUGUCGUUUUCUAAGUAAUUUCUCUGCACAAACUGCUGAAGUCGAGAUCCCUGGAGAGUUCCUAAUGCCAAAGCCAACACAUUACUAUAUCAAAAUUGCAAGAUUUAUGCCCCGAGUAGAGAUAGUACAGAAGCACAACACUGCAGCCAGAAGACUAUAUAUCCGCGGGCAUAAUGGGAAGAUUUACCCAUAUCUAGUCAUGAACGAUGCUUGCCUGACAGAGUCUCGAAGGGAAGAGAGGGUUUUACAGCUUCUUCGCCUUUUGAAUCCCUGUUUAGAGAAGAGAAAAGAAACCACAAAAAGGCACUUGUUUUUCACAGUUCCUCGAGUUGUGGCAGUCUCUCCACAAAUGCGUCUUGUCGAAGACAAUCCCUCUUCUCUUUCCCUUGUGGAGAUAUAUAAGCAGCGUUGUGCCAAGAAGGGCAUUGAGCAUGACAACCCCAUUUCUCGUUACUACGACAGACUGGCAACGGUGCAAGCACGGGGAACUCAAGCCAGUCAUCAGGUCCUUCGUGACAUUCUCAAGGAAGUUCAGAGCAAUAUGGUGCCUCGAAGCAUGCUAAGAGAGUGGGCUUUGCACACAUUCCCCAAUGCCACUGAUUAUUGGACCUUCCGAAAGAUGUUCACAAUCCAGCUAGCACUAAUUGGUUUUGCAGAAUUUGUAUUUCAUUUGAAUAGACUUAAUCCAGAGAUGUUACAGAUUGCGCAGGACACUGGCAAACUUAAUGUUGCCUAUUUUCGAUUUGACAUUAACGACGCUACUGGAGACCUGGAUGCUAAUCGUCCUGUUCCAUUCCGCCUCACACCUAAUAUUUCAGAAUUCUUGACCACAAUUGGGGUCUCUGGUCCAUUAACUGCUUCCAUGAUUGCUGUUGCCCGGUGUUUUGCACAACCAAACUUUAAGGUUGAUGGCAUUCUGAAAACAGUGCUUCGGGAUGAAAUUAUUGCUUGGCACAAAAAAACACAAGAGGAUACCUCCUCUCCACUCUCAGCAGCUGGGCAGCCUGAGAACAUGGACAGCCAGCAGCUGGUUUCGCUGGUUCAGAAAGCUGUGACUGCUAUCAUGACUCGACUCCACAAUCUUGCUCAGUUUGAAGGAGGAGAGAGCAAAGUCAACACGCUUGUAGCAGCUGCAAAUAGUCUGGAUAAUCUGUGCCGCAUGGAUCCUGCCUGGCAUCCCUGGCUAUAAUUGGAAAUGUCAGCAGCUGUUCCACUGCUUGCACUAUGAGCCAUGCAUUGUGUUAGGAGGAAAAAUGUGAAGAGGUCUUUUUAACUCUGGCUUACCUGUCACUAACUUUUUAACUUCUUUCCCUGGUUAGUUUCAAAUCAUGUUUACAGAAGUCCUGUGGUUUACUGGGUUUCGAUUCAUUUCCUAAAAUAGUCAUGUACAAAAGAAGUGAUUUAUUAUGCAGAGAUAGCUUUUAAAACUUUCUCUAAGAGUUGGGAUGGGAAGGGGGGUGGGCAGCAGAUUUUACUUAGAUGAAAUUUAGUUUUAGAGAUUUUGCUAUCAAUAAUGGCUAGACGAUUAGGAAUGGCAGAUCUUAAAUCUACUGUAAACAUUUUAAUACCUUCUAAGAAACCAGAAUUCUCCACAUCUGGAUUUCCCUUGUGAAAUUAUUUUCCUUCCUUUGUACGAAUGUACAGUUUGGACUGUUAAUUCAGUACUGUUAGAUUUUAACCCUUUCAGAACCACCCUUACCACCUUACGGGAACUAUAUUGGUUUGUACAGAUGUUUGUAACAAGUGUACAGAAAACCCUCUUUUGUUAAAAAACCAGAAAAUUAUGAACAAAGUGUGCUGGCUUUUCUCUGAGCACAAGUUUAUGUACAGUGAAACCAUAACCAGUUUCGGAAAUCUAGCUUAGUGUUGGACAUUAUGUAUAAACAGGGCUUUGUAAUACUAUAGAGAAAAUGCCAUCCCUUCAGAUAUUAUGUAUUUGAAUGUAACUGAUAGAAAGCAGGAUGGUAAGAGUUCUUAAUGAGCCUUCUGGUUGUUUUGGGUGAAUUUUAAGACACUUCUAGAUUUCUCUUACUACAAUUGCUUCUGAAAAAAGCAAUUUUUCUUUUUAACUUAAAAACAAAUUUUAAGUUUACGUGACUCUUUAUGUUGUGUUAGCAUUUUUAUAAAUCUGCAGUGUUGAGAAUGUUCUCUCUAAAUUUGUACAGAGUGAUUUUUUUCAGAAUAAAUAUUUUGUAAAAUGA